GUACUUGAAUAAAAAGAAAAGUCCUUGAAGAGAUUCGAUCCCCCCCUAAUACCACACAACAUCCAAAUCAUACCCAAAAAUAGAAAGAAAACAACACACCAAAUGGCAUUGAACCUUGCAUUAAUUUUCAUAAUACCCAUAUCAUUUUCUCUCCCUUCUUUCCUCACUCAAGCCCUACCAAACCAAGCUUCCAAUGGCAUCGACCGCUGGUGCAGCAAAACUCCUCAUCCAGAACCGUGCAAAAUCUCCUUGGGCCGGCCCCGCCGCCACGCCCCGAGAGGCGAAGCGGAUUUCAGGACGAUGAUGGUGGAAGCGGCACUGGAGCGAGCCCUUCACGCGGAAAUCCACGUGAAUGAGCUCAGACGACGUUGCAGUAGCAAGCGUAAGCUGGCCGCGUGGUUGGACUGCUCCGGAUUGAUUUCCAACACCGUUUUCCAACUCAACAACACCCUUCAAGGCCUAAAGGCCACCGCCGCCAACGUGAAUUGGACAGAUGCUGAUUGCCAGACGUGGCUCAGCACCGCCCUGACGAACCUCGAUACUUGUCGGGCAGGGUCGCAUCAGCUCAACGUCUCGAAUUUCAUCUCUCCUGUCGUGUCCAACAACGUGUCCGAGCUGAUCAGCAACGGGUUGGCCAUCAACGGGGCGUUGCUUGACGGCCAAGAAACUGAAGGGGAGUUUCCGAGCUGGGUUUCGGCCGGGGAGAGGAAACUGUUGGAGUCUCCGCCGUUGAGUUCUCAGGCAAAUUUCAUCGUGGCGCAAGAUGGGUCGGGCCACUUUAGGUCGAUCCAGGCUGCGAUAAACUUGGCGGUGUCAAGGAGGCGUCGCGACGAGAGGAUAACAAUACAUGUGAAAAGGGGCGUGUAUAGGGAGUAUAUUCAGAUCAACAAAAAUAUGAACAAGAUUACUUUGGUAGGCGACGGAAUGAGGCACACAAUAAUUUCUGGCAAGCGAAGUGUUGCUUCAGGGUACACAAUAUAUAGCUGUGCAACUGUUGGGAUUGAUGGCGCUGGUUUCAUGGCUCGGGGAAUCACAUUCCGAAACAGGGCUGGCCCGCAAAACGGUCAAGCAGUCGCCGUCCGAUCAGCAUCGGAUUUCUCUGUCUUCUACGCUUGCGGAUUCGAAGGGUACCAAGACACCCUCUUCGUCCUAGCGCAGCGCCAAUUCUUCAAAAUGUGCUACAUUUACGGCACAAUAGACUUCAUAUUCGGCAACGCGGCCGUGGUAUUCCAAAAUUGCAUUAUUUACGUAAGAAAGCCCCUUUGGGGCCAAGCCAACGUGAUCGCGGCCCAGGGCAGGAUCGACCCAUAUCAAAACACCGGCAUUUCGAUCCAGGGUUCCCGUGUCGUGGCUACACCCGGCUUUGCCCGGGUGGUCCGCUCUUACAAUACGUACUUGGGCCGGCCGUGGCAACGGUAUUCUAGGACUGUUUUCCUUCAAAGUUACCUAGGAAGUCUGGUGAAUCCGGCGGGUUGGCUGGCGUGGGAAAAUACCGAUUUUGCCCAGGAUACGCUUUACUUUGGGGAGUACAAGAAUUUUGGGCCUGCUUCUUCGACUACGAGGAGGGUGAAUUGGAAGGGUCAUCAUGUUAUAACAAGUGCGGGUACCGCUUCCCAGUUCACCGUUGCGAACUUGAUUGCCGGCAACACGUGGUUGCCGGCAACCGGGGUGCCAUUCACUGCUGGCCUAUGAAUAUUGAAAAUGUUAUAAUGAUCGAUAUGAGUUGUAAAUGUACAUUGUUUUGUUCUAGCUCUUUACUAUACAACAUUGAAUUAAAUACCUACUUUUUCUUCU